CGCCGCCGUCACGUGGCGGGGUCCGGGGUCCAGCCUGUAGCUGAUGCUGCAGCGCCGUAUUCGUCAUGGAGCUGGCGCCGCGAAAGUGUCGGUUUCCGCCGCCGCUGCUGCUGCUGCUGCUGCUUCUGGGCCUGAGCACUGGAGCCAUUGUCAACUGGCCCACAGAGGAGGGCAAGGAAGUAUGGGAUUAUGUGACUGUCCGGAAGGAUGCCCACAUGUUCUGGUGGCUCUAUUACGCCACCAACCCCUGCAAGAACUUCUCAGAACUGCCUCUGGUUAUGUGGCUUCAGGGUGGUCCAGGUGGAUCCAGCACUGGAUUUGGAAACUUUGAGGAGAUUGGGCCCCUCGACAGUGAUCUCAAACCACGGAGAACCACCUGGCUCCAGUCUGCGAGUCUCCUGUUUGUGGAUAACCCUGUGGGCACUGGGUUCAGUUAUGUGGACAAGGAUGAUGCAUAUGCCAAAGACCUUGCUACCGUGGCAUCAGACAUGAUGGUUCUCCUGAAGACCUUUUUUGAUUGCCACAAAGAAUUCCAGACGAUUCCAUUCUACAUUUUCUCAGAGUCCUACGGAGGAAAAAUGGCUGCUGGCAUUGCUCUAGAACUCCAUAAGGCCAUUCAGCAAGGGAGCAUCAAGUGCAACUUUUCUGGGGUUGCUUUGGGUGACUCCUGGAUCUCCCCUGUUGAUUCAGUGCUCUCCUGGGGACCAUACCUGUACAGCGUGUCUCUUCUUGAUGACCAAGGUCUGGCAGAGGUGUCUCAGGUUGCAGAGGAAGUCUUGGAUGCUGUAAAUAAGGGGCUCUACAAAGAGGCCACCCAGCUGUGGGGGCAAGCAGAAGUUAUCAUUGAACAGAACACAGAUGGGGUAAACUUCUAUAACAUCCUAACUAAAAAUGCUCCCAUGUCGCCAAUGAAAUCGAGCCUGGAAUUCACCCAGAGCCACCUAGGUCAUCUUUACCAUCGCCACGUGAGACACCUAAAUCAAGACUCCUUAAGUCAGCUCAUGAACGGUCCCAUCAGAAAGAAGCUCGGAAUUAUUCCUGAGGAUUGCUCCUGGGGAGGCCAGUCUAAGAAUGUCUUCCUGAACAUGGAGGGAGACUUCAUGAAGCCCGUCAUCAGCAUUGUGGACGAGUUGCUGGAAGCCGGGGUCAACGUGACCGUGUAUAAUGGACAGCUUGAUCUCAUUGUGGACACCGUGGGUCAGGAGGCUUGGGUGCGGAAACUGAAGUGGACAGAACUGCCCAAAUUCAAUCAGCUGAAGUGGAAGCCCCUGUACAGUGAGGCUAAAUCUUCCGAAACGUCUGCUUUUGUCAAACGCCACGAGAACCUGGCUUUCUACUGGAUUCUCAGAGCUGGACACAUGGUUCCUUCUGACCAAGGGGACAUAGCUCUGAAGAUGAUGCGACUGGUGACUCAGCAAGAAUAGGAUGGACUGGGCUGGAGGUGAGCCACUUGGCCUCAGGGCACAGAAGCUGAAGCGAACACCCUGAAGCUGUAGGAAGUGCCAUUCUCCCCUUGAAUCUGACUUGGGCUGUGGUCUUGAAGGUUCCUGCUAGCUACCGCAGAGAACAAACUCACUGCUUCUGUGACAACUUGGAAAUUAUUUCUGCUUCUGAAAAAAAAAUCUAAGAUUUUUUUAAAUGGGUUUGUUUAAUCAAAAUGAAGGUAUUGAACUAUGCUAAGUUUUUUUAUUUCAAAAGUAAAUUAUGUGAUUUAUAGAAAAAAGGAGAUACAAACAAAGAACAAAAUAAACACACAUACUUCUCGGGAAUAUACACUGCUAUCUAGUGUACAUCUUUGACAAUCAUUUUUUGCUAUAUAUACAUAUAUAUUUUUUGCAAAAAUGGAAUCAUUACUAUUAUUUUACUGCCUUCUUUGUUUACAUAUCAGUAUGUCUGAAACACCUUUUUAUGUCAAUAAAUUUUCUUCUAUAACAUUUUUAA